AUUUUAUUAAUUUUAUAAAUUAAUAUUAAAGAUUGGAAAAAAAUUUAAGAUUGUAAAAUAAAAAGGAUUUGAAAGGAAUUGAAAUUGUGGUUUUUUUAAUAAAAAAUAUUUUAAUUAAUUAAUACAAUUUUUAAGAAAAUAAAAUACAAGAAAGUGUCAUAAUUGUAACAGUAAAAAACAAGUGACAUUAAAAAAUAAAAAUGAUUAAAGCUCAAAGGCAAGAAUCUCUGGAGCAGCCAACUCGUGUUGUUGGAUCAUAUAUUAUGGAGGGUAUUGAUAUUGAAAAGGGUCGUAAUGCUUGUAUUAUGUUUUCACCACAAACAGAAGAGGCCGGAGCAUUAGCUACAAUGCUAAAAAUAUUUAAAGAUCAUGAUGUUAAUUUGGUACAUAUUGAAUCACGUUCAUCAGAUCGUUGUCCUGGUUAUGAAUUUUUUGUUGAAAUUGAUACUAGAUCUGGUUCAAUUGGUAAAGCAAUUGAAGAAAUUCGAUCAAAAUGUAAUUAUUUUAAUAUGAUAUCAAGAGAUUAUAAAGAUAAUAAAGCAGCAGUACCAUGGUUUCCACAACGUAUACGUGAUUUAGAUAGAUUUGCAAAUCAAAUUCUAUCAUAUGGAGCUGAAUUAGAUUCUGAUCAUCCUGGUUUUACUGAUCCAGAAUAUAGAAGUAGAAGAAAAUAUUUUGCUGAUAUUGCUUAUAAUUAUAAGCAUGGUGAACCGUUACCACAUGUUGAAUAUACAAAAGCUGAAAUUGAAACAUGGGGAACAAUAUUUCGUAAUCUAACAAAAUUAUAUGAGACACAUGCAUGCCGUGAAUACAAUCAUGUUUUUCCAUUACUAGUUGAUAAUUGUGGCUAUAGAGAAGAUAAUAUUCCACAAUUGGAAGAUGUAUCAAAUUUCUUAAAAGAUUGUACUGGUUUUACAUUACGACCUGUUGCUGGUUUAUUAUCAUCACGUGAUUUUUUGGCUGGUUUAGCAUUUAGAGUAUUUCAUUCAACGCAAUAUAUAAGACAUCCAAGUAAACCAAUGUAUACACCAGAACCAGAUGUAUGUCAUGAAUUAUUAGGACAUGCACCAUUAUUUGCUGAUCCAGCAUUUGCACAAUUUAGUCAAGAAAUUGGUUUAGCAUCAUUAGGUGCACCAGAUGAUUAUAUUGAAAAAUUGGCAGCUAUCUUUUGGUUUACUGUUGAAUUUGGUUUAUGUCGUCAAAAUGGUGAACUUAAAGCAUAUGGAGCUGGUCUUCUUUCAUCAUAUGGUGAAUUACAAUAUUCAUUAAGUGGUACACCAAAAUUAAAAGAUUUUGAUCCUGAAGCAAUGGGUGUACAAAAAUAUCCAAUAACACAAUUUCAAGAAGUUUAUUAUGUAGCUGAUACAUUUGAAUCAGCUAAAGAGAAAACAAUUAAAUUUGCAAAUACAAUACCAAGACCAUUUGGUGUACGAUACAAUGCAUAUACACAGAGCAUUGAAGUAUUAGAUUCAAAACAUCAAAUUGAAAAUCUAAUGUCAAAUAUUAAUUGUGAAUUUCAAAUUUUACAAAAUGCAGUACAGAAAUUAAAAAUUUAAUUCAAAAAAUUGUAAGAAAAACCAAAAUGUACAUAAAAUAUUCAUUAAUAAUGUAAGAAAUAAAUUUUUAGUUUGUAAGUUUUAAGCCUUAAAAAAAAACUUUAUUUGUGGGGGUCAAUAACUUUUUCAUUUUAUAUAUUAGCAACUAUUUAAAUUUUUUAAAUAGAAUGUUAAGCUAAAAAAUGUUUCUUUUCUAAAAGAAAUAAAAAUAUUAAUGAGCUUUUAUUAAAUAUCAAAUAUACAUAUACGAUUAGAGUAACAAUGUAUUUAUGUUUUAAUUAAAUUUAUUCUAAU